AUGAUGCGCUGCACACAGACUUCAAAUCACCAACAAUACAGAACUACAUCAUGGACAUAUCGGCAAGUUUCUUCUGCCAUUUACGCAAAGCAAGCGGCUCACGACAUUUCGGAUUGUGUGUCCGUCGCAGACUCAAACGUGAUCGUCCCCACGACGUCCUAA